AUGCACUUCCAACCCACAACUCUCUUCCUUGCAGCCGCUGUCAUCUUCCAAGGUGUUUCUGCGCAAUUCUGCACUGGCCCUCCCUCAGACUGCAAUUUUGAAGACUGCAGAAUCAAUUACGCUGAUCCAUGGGCGAUCUGCAAGUCAAAGUGCACACCCAACUCAGGCCGAGAUGCCGCUGUUUCAUGCUGCUCUGGAUCUUUGUACUGUCCAGCAUGA